AUGCUUGCCAGGUCGUGCUUGCGCUCGACGCGCACCUUCAAUGGCCUCCGGAACGGCCCUUCCGCUGUCUCCAAGCGUGCCGCCUCCUCGAGCUCCAGCGCCGCCGGCGAUGCCUCUGCCACUCGAUUGAACGUGGCCGCCGCCGCCUCGACCACCCUCGCCCUGGGCUCCAUUGCCUGGUACUAUCAUCUCUAUGGACCUGUGGCCCAUGCCAUGACUCCCGCUGAGGAGGGUCUGCACCCCACCAAGUACCCUUGGGUCCACAACCAGUGGUUCAAGACCUUCGACCACCAGGCUCUCCGCCGUGGUUUCCAGGUCUACCAGGAGGUCUGCCAGUCCUGCCACUCCCUUAGCCGAAUCCCCUACCGAUCUCUGGUCGGUGCCGUCUUGACCGUUGACGAGGCCAAGGCCCUCGCCGAGGAGAACGAGUACCCCGGUGAGCCCGAUGAGCAGGGCGAGAUCCAGAUGCGACCUGGAAAGCUGGCCGACUACAUGCUCCCUCCUUACAAGAACGAGGAGGCUGCCCGAUUCGCCAACAACGGUGCCCUUCCCCCGGAUCUGAGCCUGAUCAUCAAGGCCCGCCACGGCGGCUGCGACUACAUCUUCAGCUUGCUCACUGGUUACCCCGAGGAGCCCCCCGCUGGCGUCCAGGUCGCUCCCGGCAUGAACUUCAACCCCUACUUCCCCGGUACCGGUAUUGCUAUGGCCCGUGUCCUGUACGACGACCUCGUCGAGUACGAGGACGGCACGCCCGCCACCACCUCUCAGAUGGCCAAGGAUGUUGUCGAGUUCCUCAACUGGGCUGCCGAGCCCGAGAUGGACGACCGAAAGCGAAUGGGCAUGAAGGUGCUCGUUGUGUCGGCCUCGCUGUGGGCCGUCAGUGUUUGGGUUAAGCGAUACAAGUGGGCUUGGCUCAAGUCCCGAAAGAUCGCCUACGACCCCCCCAAGGAGGUCAAGGUCCGCCGCUAA